GUUCAAUACCUAUUCCCAUCAUUCGGUACCAUAGCUGGAGGGACAAGAAUUGUAAUCAAGGGUCAUGGUUUUCUAAGAACAGGAUCCUUGUCAUGCAAGUUUGAUACUGCGAUCGUCAAGGCUGUUUGGGUUUCAAGGGAAGAAUUAUGGUGCAUAUCUCCUCGGAGUGAGUCUGGAGAAAUUACAAUCGAAGUGUCAAAUAAUCUUCUGGACUUCUCUACCGAUGGAAACAAAUUCGAAUAUCUC